AUGCCUUUUGGAGAGAUGACCAUCACGCUCCACGACGUUGUAGUGCUGCUUGGGAUUGUAGUCGGUGGAGAUAUGGUUGUAGGGAAUGAGAGUGUGAAAGCACAUUUGUGUGAGAUGCUGAGGGUCAAACAAUUGAAUGAACGAUCCAAGCCUUCGCUUAAGAGUGGGGGUUUGGUGUGUGUUGAAGCUAUGCAUCAGGUUAGGAGGUUUCGGGAAAGAUAUUCUAAGGUACGGAUGUUCUUGACCUGUUUGUUGGGGACCACCUUGUUUGUGGACAGGAGUGGGGAUCGAGCGCAUGUUUGGCCACUCCAGUUCUUGGGGGACCUUAGACUAGUGAGGAAAUAUUCUUGGGGGUCUGCUAUACUCGCCUAUUUGUAUAGGCAACUCGGCAUGGCAUCUCGAGCGGACUGCAAAGACAUGGGUGGCUGUUUGACCCUCCUUCAGAGUUGGAUCUAUGAGUACUUCCCAUGUCUACGAGAUCAAAAGUUGGGGACAGGUGGAUUGGUGUGCGGGGAACCUUUUGCUAAGAAGUGGGAGGGGUGA